AUGGGUCGAUCGCGGUUGAGUCUCACACCCUGGCUUGUGCUGGGCUGCGCUGUAUCGAGCGCUUGGGCAGCCAAGAGGCCUUUCAACAUUCAUGAUGAUCUGCUGGCCUAUCCACAAUACCAAGUACUUUUCCCCGAAGAAUACAUAUUGGAAUCCCAUGCCGAAGAGCUUCUCCAGACACAUGCCUCGCCCGAAACCCCAGACUCCAGCGUCGAGCGGAACGACCCCCAAAUUUACACGGGGAAGGAUCAUAGCGAAGAUACCACGCAAGCACGCGAAGAUGUGAUUCACCCGGCAUACACAUACGAAGAAAUGAUUUUGGAUGAUCGGCGGCUCCUCUGCCAGAUUCCCCGCGUGGCCACAGAAGAGGCUAAUAACACGACUGGCCGCGCAACUCAAGAAGCCGAUGAAAAGAAUGAAUUAGCACGGGCUACCGAUCGGGGUCUUGAACUUCUCCGUGAGAUGGAGGGAAAAUGCAUGUACUAUUUCUCCGGAUGGUGGUCAUACUCUUUCUGCUACAGAAAUCAGAUUAAGCAGUUCCACGCUCGCCCAGUCGGCGGCGGUGUCCCAAACUACCCGCCUGUGGAGGACCCUAACACCCAUUCCUUCGUUCUGGGUCGAUUCCAAGAAGGCUCAAAUAAGGAUGGGAAGGGGGAUGAGAAGCAGAAGCAGACAGCUCAGACCGAUGUGGCGGAGCUACGCACCAAAGGUGGCUCGCGCUACCUGGUGCAGCAUCUACGGGGCGGCACCAAGUGUGACCUGACGGGACGUGAGCGCAAGGUCGAAGUCCAGUUCCACUGUCAUCCGCAGUCGACAGACCAGAUUGGCUGGAUCAAGGAGCUGACUACGUGUUCUUACUUGAUGGUUAUCUACACUCCUCGCCUCUGUGACGACGUUGCCUUCCUGCCGCCGCAGCAAGAUGAGGUUCACAACAUUGAAUGUCGCGAGAUCCUCAGGCCCGAUGAUGUUUCCGAGUGGGAAGCCGUGACGGAGUGGUACCAGGCUCAUCAAUUGGCCGAUGCAGCCGCUGCUCACUCGGAAGUGCAGACCGUCGGGGGGAUUGUGGUUGGCGGCCAGCAGCUAGUAGGCAUGGAAGGCAAAAAGAUUGAAAAGGGUCGAGUGGCCUCGUUCGGUGAAGAGACAGUGGAGGUGGUUGUCAAGCGUGAAAACGGUGAAAUCCAGCGCCCGUCCAAGCAGGUGAUGAAGAAGUAUAACCUCGACCCGGAGGGAGUCGAGGACAUGAAGAAACGACUCGAUCAGCUUGCCGAGGGCAAAGACUGGACCUUGGAAGUGGUGGAGAGCGACGGGAUGAUCAAGUUCCAGGGCGCCAUUGAGAAGGAUGACGACGAACUUGAUGCCAAGGAAGAUGGCGACUCGUCUUCUUCCCAAAAACCAGCAGACCACCAGGGCGAAGAUAAGUCCGAGAAGACCAAAGAUUCAACCUCCGAGGAUGAACCCCAGGAUUUUUCUGGAAGCGAGGAGACCUUGAAAGAUGAGCUAUAA